UGAACUGAAGAUAAAGCAUCACAUUUCUGCUCUACCAGCUCCUCUUCCAGCACAAAGAGAUGACCAUGACCAAGCAGCAGACUAGGCUGGGACUGGUACUCACUUUUCUUGCCAUCCUAAAUGUUCUCUAUGCCUUCCCCAACUCUUCUCCAAUAAUCAAUGCCGACUGGGGGGUCUCUGAUAGGUUGAUGCACCUAUAUACAGCCAGUGACUGGAACAGCUUCCACCUACAGAUCAACCACGAUGGAAGCGUUGAUGGAACCCCUACUCAAACCAUUUACAGUGCAAUAAUGAUCAAAUCCGAGUCCGCUGGGCACGUGGUUAUAACCGGCGUCAAAACGAAUCGGUACUUGUGCAUGGACAGAAGUGGAAAUGUCUUUGGAUAUCAUGACUUCAACCAUGACGACUGCGUUUUUAAGCACGAGACCCUGGAAAACAACUUUGACAUUUACCAUUCUCCAAAACACAACUACGUGAUCAGCCUCAAGGAGCCCAAGCAUCGUUUCCGCCCCGGCAUGGACCUACCCCCUUAUUCCCAAUUCCUGUCCUUGAAGAAUGAAAUCCCCAUAACCAGAUUUAAUGCUCCAGAGCCUGAAAUGAGAAUCCCCGAAGGCAACUUUGCUGACCCCAGUGACAUCAUAAAGAACUCCAGGAACUGGGACUUUUCACCAUCUAUUCAUAAUCCUUACCAGGAUGUCUGGUUUCCAUUCCCCAGUGGGUCUUUACCAAUCAUUAGAGCUCCUUUGCCAAUCAUUCAUAACAAUGUCAUUAAUGCCGAUGACCCAGAAGAAAUUGUGAAAAUGAAAACAUACAGAUAUUUUAAGAGGUAGUCAUGUGAAUGUAACAGAUACUCCUGGAUGGAGUCACGAUGCAUUAGAGUCUGAAAUUAGCUUUCUAUAUGACUUCAUCCGGUCCAAGGAAAUAAUACAUAGAGAAAAUUUCAUGUAGACAUGUUUCAUGUAUUCAUUGCACUGUUUAUUCAAUCAAUAAUCCUCCGUUUUUUGUGUUAAUGCACUGGUGGAAUAGAAAAUCAUACCAUUAAAUCUUGUAAGAGUGGA